AUGGCUCCGAAGAAGAGUUUACAGAAGGUGGUGAGCACAGUGGUGAAGAAAACCAAGAAAUUUAUGGAAGAGACUGUUCAAGUUCUAGUUGAAAACCAGCAAAAGCCACUCGAGGGAGACAAAGGUAGAGAGCUUCUUGUGAAGACCAUUGUUGUUGAAGACAAGGAACAAGACCAAAAAGAGAAAGAACUUGUGGAUAUCAUUUUGGUUGAAGGCGAGGGAACAGAACAAGAGCAAGGCCAAGGAAACAAAGAGAAAGAGCUUGUGAAAAUAAUUUUUGUUGAAGGCGAGGAACCAGAACAAGAAGGCCAAAGAGACAAAGAAAGAGAGGUUAUGAAGACCAUUAUUGUUGAAGGAGGGGAAGGAGACAAAGAGAAAGAGCAUGUGAAGGUCAUUUUUGUUGAAGGAGAGGAACAACAAGAACAAGAAGGGCCAGCAGAGAAAGCGAGAGAGCCUGUGAAGACCAAUAUUGUUGUUGAAGACAAGGCAAAAGAACAGGAAAAACAAACCCAAAAAGAGCAAAUCUCUGAGGAUAUAGAAGCUACUCCUCUUCGAGAAACUCCCCCCAAUAUUGAAUUUGAAGGACCCCCAACCCCUAAGGAAGAAGAACUGAGGAAGGAAAAGAAAACCCAAGAAGUGACAGAAAAUGAGGAGCGGAGAACCCAAGAAGGAAAGGAGACAGAUAAGAAAAAGUCCCGACGAGGAGGAGGAGAGAGAGGGAAGAGGAAAAGGAAGAGAAGAAGCAGUGACACUGGUGUAGGGUACACUAGGUACGUAUACAAGGUAAUGAAACAGGUACACCUUGAUAUGAGUAUAUCAUCGAAGGCAAUGACUGUACUGAAUAACAUGAUGAAUGAUAUGUUCGAGAGACUCGCCGACGAGGCGUCGAGGCUUCUGAAAUACACCAAUCGGAGGACGCUGUCGUCGAGGGAGAUUCAGGGAGCUGUAAAGCUGGUUUUGCCCGGAGAGCUUGGGAACCAUGCCAUUUCUGAGGGUGCCAAGGCUCUUAAAUACUAUCUGUCUGGGUAG